AUGGCAAUAGAAUAUGAAGGAUAUAAAGUAUUGAGAAGUUUGGGAGAGGGUAGUUUUGGUUCAACCUAUCUAGUAGAAAAAGAAGGACAAGAAUUUUGUAUGAAGAAAAUACCCAUACCAAAGAAAUCAAAACAAGCUGAAAUCUUAAAAGAAGUAUCAAUCCUUCAAAGAUUAAAGCAUCCCUUUAUCGUUGGUUACAUCAACAACUUUGUAUUAAACGGCUAUCUCUAUAUUAUCAUGGAAUACGCCAACCAAGGUGACCUAGGUACCUUUUUAAAGAAAUGUCAACAAGAUAAUACUCCCAUUCUUCAAGAAACUAUAAUAUUAUGGUUUUCACAACUUUGUGCAGCAAUUAAAUAUGUUCAUGAUCAUAAAAUCAUUCAUAGAGAUAUCAAACCCAAAAAUAUUGUUCUACACGAUUAUCAAGUUAAACUUGCCGACUUUGGAGCUGGAAAGUUUUUAGAUUUACACCAACAAACCAAUACUACGAUUGGAACAGUUCUCUAUAUGAGUCCUGAAAUUUGUAAUCGUGAAGAUUAUGAUCAUUCAACUGAUCUUUGGUCAUUAGGUGUUGUACUUUAUGAAUUAUUAAAUUUAUAUAAUCCUUUUGGAGACUCAAAAAGAUCAGAAGAUAAUAAAAUCAUUUGGGAAAGAGUAAAAAAAGGAAUAUUAAAAAGACCAAACAAUCAAUACAAUGAAGAUUUAAAUAGAAUCACAACAUCUUUGUUAAAUGUAGCACCAAAACAUAGAUCAUCUAUUGAAUCGAUUUUAAAUAAUAGAAUCAUCUUUACAAUUGUUGAAAAGACUGAAGGAUUUAUAGAGUUGCUAGCAACCAAAUUAAAGAUUGAAAAUCUAAAAGAUACCAAUGGUCCACUAUACAAAAUCAAACAAGAAUGGGUGGAAAAAAGAAACCAAGAAAAGGAAAAGGAGAGAUUACAAGAACAACAAAGAUUGGAAUUGGAAAAGGUAAAUGAAAAACAAGACAUUUAUGGUUUAUUUAAAAGGGUUGAAAAAAGUAUUGUCAAACUAGAUCAAAUCAACUAUGAAAUGGAAAAGGAAUUAUUGUCAAAACAAUUAUCCUCACCUCCAACACAAUGGGUCAUCAAUGAAAAGGUAAAAAGUCGUCUUUCAAUCAAUCUCAAAGACAAUCCAAUCAAUAGUUGGGCAUUUGAAGUUGAAUUGAUUAGAAGUAAAUUGGAAAUUGUACCUUCAGAUAUUAGAAUUCAAAGUUUUGGUAAAAUUGAUCAAUACGUCAAUGGAAGAAUUGCUAAAUUAAUUUUUUUCAUUGCAUCAAUGAUGAGAGGUUCAGAUUUGAUCGGAUUUGGAAGGUCUUGGAUACUUGGCAGUUCUAAAGACAAAGAAACGGCAGUACACAUUUUCUCGGUCAAUGAAGAUUCAUUUGUAAUCGAUUCAUUAGAGAAUGCAUCAAAUUGUACAAAAACAAGUUGGUUCUUUGGGAGAAUUGGUUCAAAGUUGUCAACUUGA